AAAAUAAUUUCUCAUCCACGCUGGAAGGAAACGCAGAUCAUGCAUCCUACAGCUCCCACCCACUGUUAGUAGUUGUUGAAAGAACCCGUUGAUACAGUGAUACAGUGUAGUGAAGAUGAUAGUGUAAGGGUCAGCGGGGGCGGGCGUAUGUUACUGAGACAAGUGGUGGCUGGCUUGUGUGUGUGUGUGUGUGUCAUGUGAGCGGCCGUGACAACAGGCCAGUUGAGAACCUGCAACGUUAUGUGACACGGAAAAACAAAACAAAAUUGAGGCUUUUAUGAUGAACAGAAACAAAAGUCGUGCUGUGUCAUUCCUCUCCACUGACGACUUCCUCCUCAUUAACAGGUGACUACAACACUCCUCACAGUGUCUUGUGGUAAGGUCGGGGUCCAUUUGGGACUUGGUUCAUAGUGGCUCGAGGCUUCGGGGAGCAGAACUGCUAAUUAAACGGAUCUUGUCCACGUGUCAGCCUUCCUCGGGUCGCUGAAGUGUGGUCCGUUUACUAACUUGGUGCCUCACUCGAUGUCACCCGUCAGGGGAGAGACAGUUUGCCACUUCUGUCAGCCGUCAGUUUGACAGUUCUGCAAGCGACUGCAAACCUCCCAAGAUGUCAACCGUCAGGAGGCAGUUGGCCAGUUCCAUCAGCCACCGUAAAUGUCAGUUAUUAGUUUACCACUGACUCACUGGAGGAGCACAGCGGGCGUGGGAGCAGCAGAGGGCGUGUGGGCGUGGUCGGUGGGCGUGCGUCAUGAGGGCGGUGCCCGCAGCCUGCCCUGAGCCCGGUCAUGUCCUCCAGUACCCGGCACGGCCCUGACCCGGGCCCAGCACUCAUCCGCAUCAGCCCCACACGGAUACACACGCAGGUAACGCAGACGGUGAGGUACAGGCCCGUGAGGUCACUGCUUCUACUGGGUCUUCUCGUCAUCGUCUCUCUCUUCGUCCUCUUCACGCUCUCACAGAUGGCGGUGGUGCAGCACACUAUGAUGGCGCAGCUGGAUACAGGCCGGGUAGGUGGUACGGGCGUGGGUGGCGGGGGCGGUGGUGGGCGGGCGAGCAAAGUGUCUCACAAACCUUGGAGGAGUCAGUUUAAUCAGUUCAAGAUCGAACCUUUACUGAUCCGCAACGCACCAUCUGUCGAGGUCAACACGGCGCUGGCAGCCAAUCGCCGGCGUGCUAGUCAACUGGCUGCCAUCAUCGUCCGUAAUUCCCUCCUCGUCACGCACUCCGCCCACUAUAAUCACUCCACCCACUAUAAUCACUCCACCCACAUCACCGCCCAUUCUACUGGUGAUCACGCACCUCCGCCCUCCUCCUCCUCCCCCCACACCACACGGCCUCCACUCCUUGACCCUCACGCCCACACAACCACCACCCACGACACUCACGCCCACACAACCACCACCCACGACACUCACUCCUCCCAUAACCCAACACACACAACACCUGCUUCCAGUCACCCCACCCAAUCAGCUUCCAAGCCCCGUCUAAGGGUCGUUAUCCCGCCAACAAGAAGAGUAGUGUCCUCGAGUGUCCUGAAGAAGACUGGUGGUGGAGGAGAACCAACUACGGCAGAGAGAAAGAGAGUCAGAGAACCUCACACAACGAGUGGAGAGAAAGCAUCUCUCAGUACAGACACAGAGAGAGGCACUGUAGGUGACGGGAGGAGGAACAGUGCAGGUAGACGAGGCAGUGAUAGUGUUAUUAAGUUAAAAGACAGUAAUGACAGUGUGAGAAGACGUUUCCUUAGCAAGAUAACAUGUGACAGUGGUGACAGUGAGUGUGAUAACAGUGUCCGUGUUUCCCAGAGUGUUAUAUGGGACGCUACACAUCCCCGCCCGCCCGUACAUACUAGCAGCCACCCUGAUAAUAAUAACGACUUCAUCACACUCGUCGAGAGAACCCGCUCGGGCACGAAGGCCACGACACACGAGGCGGAACCGAAUAACAAACGAUUUAAAAUAAGUCACAUAAUACGAGAGGAAGAGCCCGACAGUGAUAAUAACAAAAUGGACAAUAAGACCUCUGAUGUGUUAGCGACAGAAUUUAGUGAAGCGGAGAAGGAUUUCGAGCCUCUGUACCUCCGAGAAGAUGACGACUACGACCUCAUAGAUAGUGAGGCCACCACCAUCUCGACCUCGCCUGUGGCUCAACAAGUCAAGUCGACCUCCAAGACGAAGAAGACCAGAGUGUCUCACCUCAACGAAGAACAGCUGAGAAAUUUGCCGCUGUGUCCUGAGAUCCCACCCGGCCUAUUGGGCCACCUGGACAUCGAUCUCGACCACCUAGAGAAGUUACAGUUGGAGGACGUGUUGUCUCAGCUCGACUGGGUGUCACCGGGCGGUAGAUGGAGCCCCGUACAGGAACCAGAGACCCCGUGUUUACCCCGUCACAAGGUCGCCGUCGUCCUGCCAUACAGAGACCGCCUCCACCACCUCAUCAUCCUCCUCAGCUGGCUUCACCCCAUCCUGAGGCGACAACAGCUCGAGUACACCAUCUACGUGGCCGAACAGGCGGGCAACGCGACCUUCAACAAGGGAUCCAUCAUGAACGCGGGGUUCAUGGAGGCGUGGCAGAGGAGCGAUGCCAACUGUUUUAUCUUCCACGACGUCGACCUUCUACCAGAGGACGACCGUAACAUGUACUCGUGUCCGCCCCAACCCAGACACCUCUCUGUAGGCGUGGACACCCUCGGCUACAAGCUGCCGUACUUCCUACUGGUGGGCGGUGUGCUAAGCGUCCGUGGUGACCAUUUCCUCCGACUCAACGGCUACUCCAACAUGUACUGGGGCUGGGGAGGCGAGGACGAUGAUAUGGGCUACAGGAUCAAGCAGUCUGGCCUCAGCAUCACCCGGCCCCCCAACAUGCUGGCCAGGUACACCAUGAUACGUCACCUCAAGCGUCGACCCCUCACCUGGAAGGUACGUGGUAAAUUGGUGCGUACAUCAGGCCGACGUUACAGACUGGACGGACUCAAUACCCUGCGUUACUCCCUCUUGGCCCUCCACCGCCACCCACUCUUCACACACCUACUCCUCGACGUGGGCACCCCGCCGGAGAACCUUGUCCGCCUCGACGCCCACUAAAUGUUGCUUUGUAUUGGUGUAAAAAGCUGCUUCUUUUCCUCAUCGUCGUCACGGUUGUGGACACUGUGUGUGUGUGUGUGUGUGUGUGUGUGUGUGUGUGUGUGUGUGUGUGUGUGUGUGCAUGUUUCCGUCGGGAUCAUUACUCGAAAGAUCAGUUGCCAAAUAAAUAUAAAUGGUAUAAUGAGUUACACACACACACACACACUAUCCUGAGGUCUUCAGUCCUCAGUUUGUGUAUAUUUAACAUAAAAUGUUCUAUCGUUCAAGCAGUAACUUCUUACACAGUCAACUGUGAGAGGGACCACCACGUCAUGUAUCAUACUAGAGGUCAUGACUACACCUCGCUCAUAGAUACAUGGACGGGCUUAUUGAACACACACACACACACACACACACACACGGGCAUCAUCUGUGUAACAAUAUUCGUCGAGUCUAAACAUGAUUUUAUACCAAAAACUUUACUAAGCAUAAUAUAACUUUAAGAGAACUUCGUGGCAAACUUCAUAUUUACAAGUCUGGCUAAAACAGACAUUUUAACAUGUACUGUAUGUGAAGGUGAUGUACUUAUUGAGUGUGUUUCAGGGGUCACCUGGCAACACUCUGAGGUGAGUGUUGGAAGGCUUCUACGCGCAAGUUGUGAACCCGUACGUCACUCCGCUGUUUUUAAAACUUUACGCUCAACUUAAUUUUUUUCCAUGGAUGUAUUAAAUAGAUAUUUUAACGUAAACCAGUUCAGUGCUAUACUUUAAGUAUAUUAUCUUUUAAUAAGUGAGACAGAUUGUGUGUGACAAUUUAACAGACUCAAGUAAUUUAGCAAUAAGUUUUAUGAACGAUCUCGCGUUAUUACUGAUCUCCUCUUGAACCAACAGUUUAUGUACCUUCCUCAGUAAACAUUGUAGACAACAUAAUAGUUAAUGACGAACUACAUAUCAGUGCACUCAAUCACAUGGUCUGGAGUUUUAUUUACCCAUGAAGUUCUUUGUAAUGUUUAGCAAUAAAUUUUUAAACGCA